CUGGUGUAACUCUGUCAGCCUGAUCCUGCACCAUUGUUUCCACUGGCUGCCGGAAGAGUUCCCUCGUUCCCUGCGCAAAGAGUCUGGAUGCGGCUGCCGCUGCCGCUGGGUAGCUUACAACUGCCGUAAAUUACCAAAGCCCUGCGUUUAAAAUCCGAUACGCAACUGAAGCAUUUAUUCCCCUUGAAGAAACUAGUAUCAGUUAAAAGGAGCUGUGCGUUAUGUACGUGCAAGUCAAUUAGCUGGCUUGCUAGACAAACGCGAUGAUCUGACAACAUGAAUGAUUUAAUGACAAACUCUGCCGACAUCCUGCGUCCCACCGCAAGUCCGCUGAUGUUAGCUCACCCAUGGCAAAAGGCUGAAACCUUCGUCUCAUUCCAUUUUCUCAAAUGAUCUUCGCACUUCAGCUAAUCAUAACUUCACCUUUGUCUGUCUGAGACUGCAGGGGUCAGCAGACGUCAGUGGGCUAGAGCAGGAUGGGAGUACUUCAUUCACGAAGCCCCACCGGUUUUUGCAUCGCUUCAUUUUGUUUGUCUGUGUGCUUUUUCUGUGUCUCUUCAGUGCUCCACUAAGGAGGCAGAGGAGCUGGAGAGCACCAGCGGGGACAGGGAGACAGGUGCGGACUCGCCACCAUGAGCGGCAUACUGAAGCGUAAAUUUGAGGAGGUGGAGGCCUCCUCCCCCUGCUCCUCACCGCGGGAGUCCGACGACGACGCCUCCAGCAGCGAGAGCGGCGAGAGCGGUGACAGCGUCAAUCCGUCCGCCUCCAGCCACUUUACCCCUGCCUCCAUACUGAAGAGGGAGAAGCGGAUGAGGACCAGGAGCGUGCACUUCGAGAAGGUGACGGUCUACUACUUCACCCGGAGACAAGGCUUCACCAGCGUGCCCAGUCAGGGUGGCAGCUCCCUGGGCAUGUCCAGCCGGCAUUGCGGCGUGCGCCAGUACACCCUGGGCGAGUUCGCCCUGGAGCAGGAGAGGAUCCACCGGGACAUGCUGCGUGACCACCUGAAGGAGGAGAAGCUGAACACCGUAAAACUUAAGUUGACCAAGAACGGUACCGUGGAGUCUGACGAGGCCAGCGUGCUCACGGUGGACGACAUCUCCGACGACGACAUCGACCUGGACAACACGGAGGUGGACGAGUACUUCUUCCUGCAGCCACUCACCACCAAGAAGCGCCGGGCCCUGCUGAGAGCCUCGGGAGUCAAGAAGAUCGACGUGGAGGAGAAGCACGAGCUGCGGGCCAUCCGCGUCUCCAGGGAGGACUGCGGCUGCGACUGCAGGAUCUUCUGCGACCCGGAGACGUGCGCCUGCAGCAUGGCGGGGAUCAAGUGCCAGGUGGACCGCAUGUCUUUUCCGUGCGGCUGUACGAAGGAGGGCUGCAGCAACGCGGCAGGAAGGAUCGAGUUCAACCCCAUUAGGGUACGGACUCAUUUCCUGCACACCAUUAUGAAGCUGGAGCUGGAGAAGAGCAGGGAGCAACAACAGGCCUCGACCGCUAACGGCGGUUACCAUGGAGAGGCCAACAUGCACAGCAGCGCUCUGGUACCAGCCCAGCACGGUCUGGAAUAUUCCCUAGCGGACACCGUUCCUCAGACAGCGAUCAUGCACCUCCAGGCGGCCGAGGAGAUGGACGAGCCCAUAGAGGAUGAGGAGGAAGAGGAGGAGGAGGAUGAUGAGGAGGAGGAGGACGAUGAGGAUGAGGAAGAUGAUGCCAGCAGCUUGUGCAGUGGCCUCACCGACUCCAGCACUCAGAGCUUGGCUGCCAGCGACUCUGAAGAAGAGGAUGACGAAGAAGACAAGUCGGACAGUUUUGAGGACACCUCCAUCAUGUCUCCAGGGUCCCACAGUGAAGCUGGACCUCUGUCCUCUGUGUUGUGUUACUCUGAUGGUGCAAUGGUACAAGAUAACCACACCAAUGGCAACUGUUAUUUUAGCAGCACUCCACCAGAGUAUUAUCAGCUGGAAACCGCAAACACUGCGUCCAUCAAUGCGACGCCCAACCCCACCAGCGAGUCCUAUGGCGAGGUCUCUCCGUUCCAAGACGGGGUCGCCAACGGCAACGGAAAUUUCAACGCAGCUUCAGAGCAGUACCCAGACUACAACGGGCAGCCUGAGGAACCCUAUGCCAGUCAUUUCGGCUUGGCAAACGGCACCUCCACAGUCAUUGUCCGCUCUCCCGAUCAGGAGGACAACGUGCGGCCAGGUGGGGUGUAUCGCCAGCAGCCAGGAGGUCGUGCCCAGAUGGAGUUUCAAAACUAUUUGAACAAUAAUUCCCAGGAGCGCUAUGUCAGCAAUGGGAAUUGCUUCGUGGCUGAGAAGGUAAAAGAGGUUGCCAGUGGCAUGAAUGAAGUCCCACCUCUACCAGACAGCAGACAGAACCCUGCAAUACUAGAGAGUUUCCCCCAGGUUGCACCAGUGUAACAUACCUCAUAUGUUAAGGAUUUUUUUGUCAUUUUUAUUAUAAUUUUUUAAAGCCAUAAUGGUCCAUUUAAUGAAUUGGUAGUUAUGAGAUUAAACAACUGCGGUAUAAGGAGAAACUUGGCUUUUGCUUAAGGUUUUUAUUUUGUAUUUUAAUUAAAAGGGGAAUGAUUUCAUUAUUCAUACUUUUGUCCAUUUCAAAUCGAGUUUAUAAUGAAGGGACUAUAUAGUCAAACUGUCCCGUUUUUAAGUUUUUAAAGUUCCGUUACAUUUUUAUUUAAUAUAUGACACCGAAAGACCAUUAAGUGUAAGCUUUAGGCCUGUGCAAUGUAAGUAACUUGUAAAAUCAAGGUCAAUGUUCUAGUUUCCAUCAGAUAUAGUGAGAUCUUUUAUAUACGUCCAUGUCGAGUGUAGGGAAAAAAAUUACUCUGUGCUGUUUAUUUACGGAGUUAUUAAGUGUAUGUAAAAUUAUAAAUGUUUUGAUAAUUAAAAGCAUGUUAUUUUUCAUCUGUCUAGCAUUAAUGGCAAAACUGACAAAAGGGGUUUAAAAAUCUAUUCAGAAAUUGUAAGCUAUAUCAGUUUGGUGUACGAGCAGUAUUUUGUGUCGUUACAUACGUGCUUUUUUAUUCUUGUAUAUGCAUGAUAGUCCAGGCUUAAAGACAUAUUUUUUUAUGUUUAAUGUCCUCUGCUUUUGGCUCAAUUUCCAGAAGCACAAGCUGAUCCGAGUCGUCCAUGGCCUCAUGUAAAUCGAAUCCGCAUUUGAAUUUGCACUUUUUAGACUUAAUUCAAUUCGGAGAAGGGGUAGUCGGCAUGUAAAUGUCUUAAUUGCCAAUACUUGAACAAUGAUAGACAGACAUCAGUAGGCUACUUUAUUUUUGCAUCGAGUUAUCGGUAUAUUUUACACACUUUCGCAUUUAUUAAGAUCACAAGCAACGGUUUAAUUUGAAACUUUUCUUUCUGAAGGCAUACUUGAUGAAGAGGGAGAAAUGAUCUCAAAUUUGACAUUUCUCUGGAGGUUAAGAUUAGCGUAUCCUAUACUUACAGGGAUUUCCUAUUGUAGCACUUUGAUAUACAUUUAAUACUAUCUUUAUGAAGUGUUGCACCUUAUGGUUUUCAAUUGGAUAUGUUUGGAUAUGUUUAAAAAGGCAUGGGCCUAUAUACUUGAGAAUGUAAGUGCAAGAAAGCUCGCAAAAUGCUGUCAAUAAUUCUGUCUGAAAAGGUCUGAUGUAUAAGACCUUAGUUCCUUCCAGAAGCAGUACUGUGAUGUUUAAUAGAUGUACGAGAACCACAAACAUGAGGGUGACUGGUAGCAGGUCCAGUGGCAAAGGUGGUCAUGUGAUCAUGCAAUACCUACAUGUGGUCAUGCCAUACAGGAUUUCAGAAAGGAGGCGGAGCCAAGCUAAACAGAAAUGCUUGUUUUCAACUGUAGAUCUUUCUAUUGUUCUAUAAAUGCUUCUUUGCAAUGAGAGCUUUAGAUGUAAAUGGGAGAAAGUAUUUAUAUUAAAAUGAAAAAAUCUAUUCCUUGUGCAAUAGCAUUUACAAAAGAGUGCAAUGGAUUUGCUUUAUUGUGUUUACAAUGGCUUCUACUUCAAUACUUUUACAUUACGACUAAUUUUUUAAAUAUCACGACCUAUAAGAUAAUGAAACGACAGUUGAAUAUAUUAUAUGAUGAUGCCAUACAUUCAUAGUCUAUAUUAAAUUUGACACUUAAACGGAUUUUGUAGAAAUACACGUAAUUGACUUUAGAAAGCACUCAGAGUCUGACAAUCCUCGAGUAAUAGUAUAUUUGUAUGUAACGAGUAUGACACCCUGGUUAUCUCAUACCUUUGUGAAGUCACAGGAUACGAAACAGCUUCGUAGAUGGAUAAUCGGAUUUCAGAAGGAAAAUCGUUGAAUGCUCCAUCAAAUCAGAUUGAACGAAAUGUUAAUAUUAAAACGAUAAUUCGACUCGGGAGACGGCAAUAGUGAGAACAGCUUGUAGAGAACAGAUGUAUUACUUUUUGCAUAAGCAUAAAUGUUGUCAAAAUCAAUAGAGUUUGCUAACAGAUAAAGAAUAAACGGAUUGCGGAAAGGUCCGAUGUCCAUCGACGCUAUAGUUCGUCAAACCCACUCCCCACUCUCACUGGACCCUGGUCUUUUAUUCUGGCAAUGUUCCAGCGGCACAGAGCUCUCGGGUGCGCGCUGUACUGCUGGAACGCGCGUGAGCCGCACUGACGCUGCAUCCAAGUCUGUGUUGCUCUGCUGUACUGACGAUUCCCCCCCCCUGUAUUUAUUAUGAAUGAUGCCGAAAUGUGUAUUUAUUGUGAUUUAUUGCAACAGUCUGUAUUGAUAAAAGGUCCGUUUUCAAUAUUUCAA